AUGAUCGCCUCACUGGCCCGGCCCAGCUGGCUGACAGGGUACCCGAUAUUCCAAACAACGGGUCCAACAUCAGCUGACUUCCGCUACUACUCGUCUGCCAUCUGCCCCGCGGCUUUGUUGUCGGUCCCAGCGUUGGAGACUGCCGCACACUGCGUGUCCAUCGUCUUGCCCUCAUUUGUUACAGUCGGAACAUUACUCCAGAGUCGAUGGGUGGAAGCAGACCUCACCAUGCUCGAAACACACCCUCUGACCCCUGGCCAAAAGCUCGCCAGAACCGAGUUGGAAUCCAAAGCUAGCGCCGUCAGCCAGGCGAUAGCGACAACCAAGGGGCCAGAGACACGACCAACGGCAGUGCGCAGCUCGUCCUCCACAGCAACGUCCAUCACAGAGAUCGAUGAGGAUUCCCUCACACAGAUUUGGGAAACUCCAGAUCCUACGAGUCUCCGCCCGUCGAAUACUGCAUUGAGCAACUCCAACGGCCGCGGGGGGCUCGGAAGCCUGGACCGUGGAACGAGCAUCGUUGUCAUCGUCGUGGUGACCGUCGUUGCGGGCAUCGCUCUCUGGACGGCCGCGUUCCUUUUAAUUCGGCGGCAUAAGAGGAGAGCGGGGAAACGACCGGGGCGCUUAAGGAGGAAGGGCGAUGAGGCCGGACCGGACCAGGGAGCCCAGGAGACAAAAGCGAACACGGGGUUACCGAAAUCGACCGCCAGCCCAGAGUCGACGCCCGAGCUCGACUCCGGGUCCCCCGCGAUCGGCAGCACGCCAAACCCAGCCGAGCUCGAAGGUGACAUGCUCAUCCAACCCCCGACAAAGCCGUGGGUAAACCAGACAUCGUGGCUCAAGGUCCCGUCGCAGCAUCCUGGCCAGCCAUCCCCAACGCAGUCAGGGAAGUCACCUCGUCGGACGGUCCGAGAGUCGUUUGGCGAGAAGGUCAACGAUCCAGCGGCAGCAUUGGGUAGAUUGAAGAUACCGAGUCCUCUCUCUCCGGGCCGGCCAUCGCCGCAUUCGCCAAGCCCAAUAGCAAGGGGCUUCUGGAGACUGACACGGAGUCCAAGAAGUCCAUCGGCGGCGGCACGGAGACUGAGCGUACAAUUGCCCAAACCAUCGCCAAGGUCCGUACCGGGCGGGAAUGCGUCGACGGCAAGCACACCGCGGAGAGGGAAAACGGGGUGGCGUGAUGGGCCAGACAACACGCAGUCGCAGCGUGAUGCAGCGCCGUAA